UCUGCUCUACUCUGCCUUCAGCCUUGGCAAGGCAGGGCAUUAUAGGAAGAGACAACAGUUUCUGGAAGACAAAUAAUGAUGUGGAAGGAGGAGGAAGAUAAACUUGGUCAUCUAAGAAAGACUGCAAGUUCCCAAGUGAAACUCUGAGAAGACAAGAGAGAGUGAUCGUCAGCUUCUGCCAAAUGCUCCAGGGAGACCUCAAAGGGCACAGGGAGACAUCUACAACUGCUGGCUGCUGAAGCAGAAGGGCUGGGCUGGGAUCAUUUGGCUGCAUCCACUCACCGCCGUUCUCACUCUGACUGAAAGUUUUCCUCCUGGCUCUGACAGCACCACAGCCACUUGGGGAAGCACAUGACUGCCUCGGGAGAUGGAGUUUCUUAUUUGUGUUGCAGGCCUCCAGCAGGCAUGGCACCGAGGCAAUAUUUACUUCAGUUUCUAUAACGUCAUCACAGCAGCUGCAGUUUUGGGAACUGAAGUACUGGCUGGAAGUAGGAGAGGCACAAACACACCAUGCAGAAAUCAGAGUGGAAAAAAAGGAGAAUUGGCAGCCAGCCUCCUCCCCCAGAAAGCUCAUUGUGUUCCUGGGUGUCAGGGGCAUUGCUUGCCCAGCAGAUGGUUACCACGAGGACCAUCUGCAGAGAAGUUAGCCCAUGGAAACUGCAGUUCAGGGUAACAGAAAGACCAGAUCUCUCCUGGCAGGGUGCCGGCACACUUGGGGGAGCAUAGCAGAAGAAGCAGAGUGCCCUGGCCAGGUGGCUUUCUGUGCUAUGCGCCUAGCAGCCCACUGCAGGAGAUGAAGGAGUGUUCUGCACCCUUUGACUCUGAGGUAGCGUAGUGCAAUGCUCAUGUGCAGGUAGGGAAACUGGCUCCAAAACCUCUGUGGUCUGGUACUGAGCCUCAGCAAACAAUCCUGGCUGUCUUGUUAGACUGAAUACAAUGCCAUUCUAGGGCAGCCAUGCUGACUCUUGGUCUCUAGUGGACAUCUCUGCCUCAUGUCUUACAGGUGCCGUGGUUUGUGUGCAGCUGUCUCACUGCAGGCUCUACCAGGAAAUCUUCAGGGAGGUGGAAGAUUCUUCCUUCUUUCAGAUUAUUUAUCUCCUAUUUCCCAUACAGUAGUGUCAUCCAAGUUUCUCCUCUUCUACCUCCUGGAUGUCUGGACCAACGAGCACCGACAGAGAGAAACAACCUCCCUUGAAUGGGAGAAGAGCCCUCCCAUCAAACAACUCCAAUGCUGAAGAAAAUGAUGUCCCUGAAAUGGAUGCUUUUGGUUUGAUACCUCGAGGAUUUAAUCCAAAAGAUUACCUGCGUGUUGUGGAUAUUCAUAUGUUCAAGGAACCCGAUGAGAUCAACAAGCAGCAGCAUCACACUGACAAGUACUACAAUCCCAAGCUGAUAGUGCGUCGAGGACAGCCUUUCCAAAUCCAGAUAGACUUCAGCCGACCCUAUGAGCCAGAGAAAGACCAGAUCUGGCUGGAGUAUUUGAUAGGUCGCUACCCACAACCAAACAAAGGCACCUACAUCCCAAUCCUUAUAGGUGAUGUGCUGAAACCUGGAGAGUGGGGAGCCAAGAUUAUCCACAAGGAGAACAACUCUAUUCGCCUCUCCAUCAUGUCCUCUUCUACCUGCAUUAUUGGGAAGUUUCGCUUUUAUGUUGCUAUCCGGACUCCCUAUGGCAUCAUCAGAACACACAGGAACUCAGCAACUGACACUUACAUAUUGUUCAACCCCUGGUGCCAACUGGAUGCCGUGUACCUGGAUGACGAGAAGGAAAGGGAAGAAUAUGUCCUGAAUGAUGUUGGUAUUGUUUUCCAUGGAGACGUCAAUGAAGUAAAAUUAAGAAGCUGGAGUUACGGUCAGUUUGAAGAAAACGUUCUGGAUGCUUGCCUUUUCCUGAUGGACAAGGCGGAACUGGAGUUGUCUGGGCGUGGAAACCCAAUCAAAAUCUGCCGUGUUGCCUCUGCAAUGAUCAAUUCCAAGGAUGAAAAUGGUGUUUUGGCUGGAUCAUGGGACAAUCUCUAUGCUUAUGGAGUCCCACCUUCAGCCUGGACAGGAAGUGUGGACAUCCUCUUGGAAUAUUACAGUUCUAAGCAGCCAGUGCGAUAUGGACAGUGCUGGGUCUUUGCUGGUGUCUUCAACACGUUUCUGAGGUGCCUGGGGAUACCUGCAAGGCUCAUUACCAAUUAUUCUUCUGCCCAUGACAACAAUGCCAAUUUACAGUUGGACUUCUUUCUGGAUGAUGAAGGGCAGGUGGACAACAGAUUGACCAAAGACUCUAUCUGGAACUAUCAUUGCUGGAAUGAAGCUUGGAUGACCAGACCUGAUCUUCCUGUUGGUUUUGGAGGAUGGCAGGCUGUUGAUGGUACACCCCAAGAAACCAGUGAUGGUAUGUACAGGUGCGGCCCAGCGUCAGUUCAAGCCAUUAAACAUGGUCACGUUUGCUUCCAAUUUGAUGCUCCUUUUGUCUAUGCUGAGGUGAAUAGUGAUGUUAUUUACUCAAGAAUGGGAAAAAAUGGAUCCCAAGUGAUAGAAAAAAUUGACACAACCCAUAUUGGGAGGCUGAUUGUGACCAAGGGAGUCGGAACUGAUGAUAUGGUAGACAUUACCGAGAACUACAAGUUCCAGGAAGGCUCAGCAGAAGAAAGACUGGCUCUGGAGACUGCUGUAAUGUACGGUGUUAAAAAGCAAACUACACAACCCAGCACAUAUCAACCACAAAAGGAUGUUGAGAUGGAUCUGCAAAUGCAAAAGGCAGUCCUUGGCAGUGACUUUAAGGUCACUAUAAUAUUCAGGAACAAGAGCCGCAACUCCUACACUGCUACUACAUACCUUUCAGGCAACAUAGUGUUUUAUACUGGUGUCACGAAGAGUGAAUUCAAGAAACAUUCUUUCAGUGCAAAACUGGGUCCUCUUUCAUCUAGUGCUUUUGAUGUUAUGAUCACAUCAGCCGAGUAUCUCAAUGACCUGCUGGACCAAGCCUCUUUUCACUUCUUCGUGACGGCACGGAUCAAUGAAACAGGAAAAGUUCUGGCUAUGCAGAAGGCAAUGGUCCUGGAAAUUCCCAUCCUGCAAAUCAAGACUAAAGGUGAGAUGGUUGUUGAUAGAGAAAUGUCUGUGGUUGUGGAGUUCACCAACCCUCUGAAACAAGCCCUGGAGAAUGUCACGCUCCGCCUUGAGGGCCCCGGUGUGCUGAGGACAAUGAAAAAGGAGUUCAGGCAAAUCCCAGCAACGUCUACCUUGAUCUGGGAAGUAAAAUGUAUUCCAAAACGACCAGGGUUACGAAAGCUGAUUGCAAGCCUGAACUGUGAUGCUUUGAGACACGUGUAUGGUGAGCUGAAUAUCCAGAUUCAGAAACCGUGAAGCAAGGUGCCAUCUUCAUCCUUUCAUUUUGGUCUCAUGUUUCAAAAUACCACAUUUGAGGAGGAAAAAAAGACAGUGAUAGAAAUCUGCUUUUUGUUAUUUUGAUCAUCCUUGAGUUUCACUAAAUUCAAUAAGGAAAAGUAAAUGGCAACACAAGGGAGAGCAUAAAAAGAAAUCUGUAUGGUAAAUGACUCAAAAUUAGAUACACGUAAUCAAAGGUAAUUCUAGGCCAUAUUAUUGCUGUAGUUCACUUGUAUUUAUGGUCUUUUGCAGUAGUGCUGCAAGGGAAUCUGAAAGGCUCCAUUCACCAAAGUAGUCUGAACUUUAGUUUUAAUUAAGGCCUGAUAUUUCACUGAAAAGAAAAAAAGGAAGAACUCAGUGUUAUAAAUUCUUAGAGUGAAUUACACAACCUUAUGGUAGAUUGUUCAGGCUGCAAUAAAAACAGGUAUUUCUAGCUAACAGGACUGCUUUAUCUUACAGUUUUAUAAUUUUAGUUAACGGAGAUCACGCUUUGCUGGAAGAACUUAUUAGGGUUUGAUAUCUUCCAAAUAUUCCCAGCUCUCAGUUCUCACUUGCCACUUAACUGUGCUUUUUCUCUUGUUUUUUCAUAUGUCUGUGCAUCCAUUCAUAGUCACUCUUUUGCUUUAUGCCCUCAUCCCAUCCCUUGUUCUGCUAAUAUACUAUUCCUCUUGUUUGAUUGAUGAAAAUUCAUAGCUUUUCAUACUUCGCCUUAGAGUUUGUCACACCAAUCUUAUGUUUUCUGGUCACAUCUCUUGUAUAUGGUAUGUUCCCCAUUCUUGUCUGCCUUUUCUUCUCUCUCCAUUUCUCAUGUGUGUGUGUUCUGGGGAGCUAUCUGCCCAAAGCAGUCCAGGCUCUUCCAUCUGGCACAUGGGGCAAAGGAAAGCAGAGUGAGGAGUAGCCUGCCAACCCACAAGCCUAACAAACAUCCCAUGUGAACUGUGACCAAGAGUCCCCAAGAAAUCAUGGCCUCUACAAAAUCAGGUCCUGUUACAUGGACAACCCUGGGAAGGUUGAAGGACAGAAGCUCAGCUUACAGGCAUAAACAUACAUCCCAAGGUUCAAAAACUCUGCAGGCUGGUCAGCUUUCUGCCUUACUUGCAGCAUGUUCCUCUGAGAGCUGCAAAGAGGCCUCCCAAGGCCUUGAUCCUCCCCUGAAGUCUUUCUAGCCCAUAGGCUGCUCUGGAUCUGCCGUUCACACUCCACUUCAUAGAACCGUUCUGAACCGUGUACUCCCAUGUGCUAGGAGAGAAAGCUGUGUGUGUGUGUGGUCAUUUCUCAUCCCUCCUGAAACCCUUCUCAGGACCUUUUUCCACACAAGGCAAAAAUGCACAUGCCACAGUCCCAUGCCCAGCUGUGGCCACUCUCUGCUAGUCAUAGUGGGUAAGAGCACAUAUCAUACUAACAGGUGAGAUAACAGUUUCCCAAGAGGUUAAAAGGAACCUCAUGCUCAUUUAACACCAUGGCAUUACUGUGCCAGGUCAUUCUGUGGUCUCAUUAGUGAGAUAGAAGGGGAGGCAAUUUACCUUCUGCUCUCCUUCUUGCUGCAUGUGGCUUCCUGCAAAACUGGUGACCAAUUGUUAAAAAUAAGUAAGCCCAGGAGGGGAGAAAUGCAGGUUGCCCUUUUGCUGAAAUAUGUGGAGCAAAGCAGAGAUUCACACCACACCACCUCAUCUGUUCAGUGAAUAACUCUGUGUUCUCGAACACCAAACCCUUUGGGGCUUUUGCUUCAGGCAUGGUGACACACUCAUUUUGUGCAGCUUAUGGGACUGUAUUUUACACUCUGCAAUGUCAAAGUCUCCCAGAGAAGUCCUCUGGGGCACAAGGGACAGAACAGUAUGUUGUAAAUGCACAGCGACCAUCUCCGUUAAGUAAUUAAGCAGUUUUACUGGAGUCUAAAUCAUCUAAUACAAUUAUCCAUUUUUUUGCUCUUGUCUAUAAACCUGCUUUCCAUUCUAAUCUUUUAUUACCGCAGUGUAAUAGGAAUUUACAAUAAAGUAUAUCUGAUCACACUCA